UGUUCAGCCCAAUUAAGACUGUGGUAUUCUGGGUAUGUCUAGAAGCAAAAUUUUAGGUGCAAGAGAUCCUUAAUAUCAACUAUUUAGGCACUUAAGUGCUUCUAGGAUUAGGCAGCAGUUGAAUGUGUGCAUAUGUGUGUGGGGGGGGGGGAAGAUUAAGGAUCUGAAAUUAAGACAUAGGUAUUCAAAUUCUGCCUAAAUCCCACUGAGACCUCUUGUAGACCUGUACUCCAGUCCAAAGUUCAAAUUGCUUAUCACCCUUGUGUUUGUUUCUCAUGAAUGAUGAUUCAUACACUUUUGCUUUCAGUUCUAUUAAAAAUAAGUGUUUCCCAGAAUAGCUGCUACUGUCAUCUUCCCUAAGGCAUGUAACACACAGAGGACCUUGUUGUCAAGCUUGAUAGUUAACUUAAUAGUUAACCUGACCUAAAAACUGACUCAUUGUCCAUGCACAAAGCAUCUCCCUAGAAGCUUCUACCUGGAGGAACUUCUGUUCAUGUUACUCCCCUACAACUAUCUGAAUUUAGACUGAAUUUAGUAGGUCUUUACAAUGAAACUAUAAAUGCUUCCUCCUUUCCCCUGUCCCAUUGAGCAUGACAGGCCAGUUUUCUAGUGUAACAGUUGCAUUAACCCUAAGUGUAACUAGGACUUGCAGUUUAUUUGACUCUUUAAUCUAUUGUUUUAGGACUAAGGUAGAGGUAUGGUUUUGUAUUCAUAACUCCUUUUCUAUGUGGUACUAUAUUAGCAGGAUCCUGGCUGGCAUGUUUUGAAAUAGGAUACAUAAUUAGUGCUGAAGCCAGUAAGGAAGGUUGAAUUCUAUAUCAACACGCAACUCACUUGUUCUCCAUGUAAUUAUAUAUAUCUUACCCAUUCAUCUAGCCAAAUUCCCAAGUCACUCUGUUUCCCAUAAUGUCUAAGGUCACAGGAUAUUGUCAGAGUUCCCUUCUGACCUCUUUCUAUGCUAGACUUUUUUUUUCCCCCCCACCAAGUAAGCAAGAUUGGUUCUGGUCUUUUCUGUCCAUUUACUAAUAUUAUCUAUUCACAUAUUGCUUGGUUGACCUCUUCUUCUCCUUCUGUUUUCUCUUACUUGAAGUAUGGUGCUGGCCAAAUGAGGACGUCUCAUAACAUCUCUACAUCUGAAUUAUGUCAAGGAGGCUUUCUUAUUUUCCAACAGCAGUUGCGAAGUUCCAGCAGCAGUUCCAGCUGCCUCUUUGAUUUGUCCUAUGAAUUGCAUACAGUAUCUUUAAGAGUCAUCUGUAGUACUUCAUUUCAAAGUCUUGUGUUUGUCUUUUUACACCUACAUUUGGGGUCCAGCUUUCAAAUGUGCAUAUAGCUUGUUGAUAUUGCCAUUAAUCUAAAAAGACAGAUCCUUAUUUUGAUAGAGAUCCUUGUCCUUCAAGACCUUAAACAGUUUUCCUUGUACUACUGUUGCCAUUGAAAUUCUUGUCUGUACCUCUGUGUCUGAUCUACAGUUUUCUGAGAGAUUUGACUUCAAAUAUUUUAAAAGUUUAAUUUUUCAGGAUGCCUCCCUUUUGAAUGUAUGUAUCUAUAUUGCCAUGUACAUCCACAGACCUGAUAUUUCUUUUGCCCACGGUGAUCUCCAUUUCAUGAAAUAUUGCUAUAGUGUUUAGGCCCUGUGUUAAUUCUGCCAGUUCCCUUACUGAUCCUGAUCAGCUUGCUUUUAUCUUUUGCCUUCCUCUAGUAGGGGACAUGGUCCUCUUCCUUGGAUCUCUCCAGUGUAUUUUAACAAUGCUUUCAGCUGCAGGACCUUUAUAAUGCCCUUGUCCUCCUAUUUUACCUGUGGCAAAUUAGGGAGUUCUUAGGGGAGGCAGGGGUGGGCAGUGUCCCUUGCAGUUGUGCGAAAGGUGUUUGCGUAGUUUUACAAAUUAGUUAUACAAACACUUGUCUAGAAUAGUUUAGAUAGGGAUGAUUCUGCUUUUGAGCAGUGCAUUGGACUACAUAAUCUCUAGUGGUCUCUUCUACCUACAGUUGAUACUAACCUAUUGAAGUGUUCAAGUGCAUCUGAAGAGAAAAGAAAAUGCCCACCUAUCUUACAUCAAUGUAAAUCUUAAAUUCUUCCCAUAAGCAGGUCUCUCUGAAGAGAGCACUACUGAAGUAUCAAGGACCCAGCAGAGCAACCAGAAUGGUCCUAUUUUGCCAGAAAAAGUUGAUGUAUCUGCUCCUUCUGAUUAUUUUCUUUCUGGCUGUGGGGUCUGUUGCCCUGAUGGCUUAUGCCCUUUUGGUGGAAGCUGGAAACAUUGUCAACCUUCCUAAUAAAAGAAUUGGCUUUUACAACUUCUGCCUGUGGAAUGAGAUGAUUGAAGACCUGCAAUGCCUGAUGAUCAAGGACUUUGAGAAGAUAGACAUUCACCAGGCUGCAAUAGCGGUGGCAAGGUUCUUUGUAUAUUCUCCCCUGGUUAUCUGUCUCUUUUCAUUACCUCUCAUUGUGCAUGUACAGUAUAGUAAUGACAGAACGAAAUGGGAAGUGAUCCUUACGAUGCUGGGCAUCACAACCAUAAUGUUAUCUGGUGGCCUUAGCUUGUUUUUGUUUCAGGUCUGGCCUUGGAUACAGGUCUCUGAGCUUUCUGGAGCUUUCAUAGCAUUAGCUGGGGCUCAGGUUCUGCUGGUGCUCCAGCUGGUUGCUGCAGCUACAUAUCUCAAGUGGGUGAAGAAUAAUCUUAUCAGGGGCAGCUCUUCCCCUGAGGAGCAACUUCCACCCUUGCAAGUCUGAAGAGGGAGAGGGAGACAUACCACAGGUGCCUUUCCAUAGUCGGCAUGACAGUAACUAUAAUUGCUUUCGUGGAAUCAGAAAAAAUAUAUGACUUAAACUUUAUUUUAGUUAUAAGAUGACAUAACCGCUUUGUGUAGAAUUGCUGGCUCUGUACAGUAGAACAGAUAAGGGCAAGUAUUUGUUCUUUGUAACUCCUCUGCAACUGCUUUGCUCACCGUGGCCUUGAAGGUAGCAAAAAAAAAAAGUAUAUACAAAGUUAAUUUCCAGGUGCAAGGAGGUUUGUGAACUAACCUCGCCUCCCCCAUUAGUUCCCAUCCUGAUUACAGCAAAGAAAUAAUGAAGUAAUAUUAUAGCCGCUUUUCAUGCUAAUUUCACUAUAUGAUCACGUGAGUUGUAAGCAACUGUUAAAAAGUAUAUAAGCCUCCUGAUUUUGCUCGGGGGGGGACCCCUUCCAAGUGCUUGGGAAAUCCAUGUCACUUUGGAACUCCCCCUACAGCUGUAGUUUCUUUUGAAUAAAAGCUUCUGCUGACCUGACCCAAAAGUAUGCUGCGUGUGUUUCCACGACACUUUGAUUGCUUAUACUUUUAUAUAAUGAAAUAUUUAACCAGUAAAAUAAUCUAGUUAUGAUUUACUUUAUAUAAUAAUUUGAUCAGUCAUCAUUAGCGGUCUGGAAUUAACCAUCUGUUUUUAAAUUUCUUAUUGCUUAGCAUAAAUAUAUUGGUCUCAUGAUGUUAGACACAUUUGAUCUAUUGGACUUAUUACUUUAUAACUUAAAUUUAGUAUAAGGAAAAUUGCUUGUGUAAGGGUUUUCAGUAUGUCUGAUGUAUGUGGAAAGAGGUAAUGAAAGGGUGAAUGAUGUAUGUAUGUGACAAUGUGAAGGAAGACAGUUCUCUUGCACCAGGCGAAGAUAGUCUUUUGUGGUUUAACGGUUUAAGGCUGCAGUGACAUUGAAUCAGUUCAGGAUUACCGAAUACUAGAUCAUGCUUCACCCUGAUGGCUAAAGACUACAAGCAACGACCCCCCUGAAGACUGCAGACCACAAAGCCAGAAGAUCAUAUCCUACCACUCCCAGCCUGCCAACAGGACAAGGAUGACCUUCAUGUCUCACUCGGAGGAAUCCAUAGGCUUGUAUGGACAGUGAUCCCUAUAAAGAAUGAACAUGAAGACAAGGCUUUGGGUCUUUUCCACCUGCAAGGAGUUUUGGGUGUGUCCAACAAGACCUGACUCCAUCUCUCAUUGUCAGUCUGGCUGGCCACCAGACUGACCUGAGCAACUUUAGAACUUGGUAACACCUUAACCUUUGCAGGACUGUCUAACUAUUUGUGUGUGUGCACUUGUCUUUCUUGUAUGAAUGAAUGAAUGAAUGAAUGAAUGUGUAUGCAUGGUGAUGAGUGAAGCAAACAUCCUUACUGUUUUUUUUCUUUUCAUGUUGUAUAUUUUAUGUUCCAAUAAAAGCAGUGUUGUGCCUUA